AUGUACCGAGCCUCAUCUAUCCACCUGCCGCGUCCUCUGAUCCAGAUCAUGACUGAAGACGAAAUGGAAAUGCAACUACAACUGCGCUCUUCCCACGCCCCUUCUACCAACAAGACCGGAAAUCAUGGUUUUUACUGCCGCUUCAAGUCCUCGUUCAAGUCCUCGUUCAAGUCAUUGCUCCAAGCUAAUGUAGACAACGCGGUCAUUGAGCGAUGCAAGCAUAGAUUCCAAUAUGGUCGUUGCAGGAAAUGCAGUGUCCCCGAGGCGAUUGCCAGAAUGGACAGUAUACACUCUGGCUUCUACAGUAAAGAAACGAGACAUUCCCACAGCGAUUCGACGACUUCGAGCAAAGACCUCGUCAACUCACACAACGUAGCCUCGGACUCGGAGAUGCACAAGUCCGCAAGAACAACCCCAACAAUAAGGCUCGUCCCAGGACCACUACCAAAAGACACGCAGGGAAACAGUCCGAUAUUCACAGACUCCUCGACCAACAACACACCCGAUUCCUCCUCGUCCCUAACUGCAACCGAAGUCUCGGCCCGCAAACUCUCACACCCUGUACUGGAUACCAUCACCACCUCACCUCUGGAUGUCCAAGCCAUCGUGUUUCCGCACCAAGACGAAGCAUCGACGCCCGAGAGUGCAACGAGCUGCCAUGUACUCGAGCACGGGAGUGCGGCUACAGCGAUCCAUAUGCAGCCUGUUUCGCCCACGACGGUGCAGAUCCGGCAUUCGGUGCUGGGACAGGGACAGACACAUGCACAUGCACAGCCAGAAAAUCCAGAAAAAGAAAAAUUUCACGAGACGAAUCUACCAGUACCAGCACAAACCUUUCCACACAAUCUAGACACUACAUUUACACCCCUUCCUCCUAGCCCACGCAUUCCCCCCUCUCCAUCAUCAUCAUCAUCAUCAUCAUUACUACAAACACCACAUCUCUCGCACCUCGCACACAGCGCCCUAACAGCCUCCAUCGCCUCCCAAAUCGCCAUCUUGAAUCUACACCACGCGCUCCUGACGUCAAACCUGCAAGCAGAUGCGCACGCGGUAUCUCCCUGGAGCGCUGCAGAACGGCUGGUGAUACGCAAAGCGCGGGUUGUAGUUGGGCUGCGGAUUCAGAGGGAGGCGGGGCGGAUUGCGGAGGAUGUGUUUGAGGGCGUUUUGGCGUGGGUGCUUGGUGGCAAGUGUGAUGGGGAAGAGGAGGAGGUUGCAGUGUAUAUUCGGGGGUUGGUUGUGCAGGGGAGGCUGGCUGAGGCGAGGGCGAGGCAGAUAUUGAUGGGGAUAGGGGAGGGAGAGGAAUAUCCAAUAUGA